GAAGUUUUUUAUUCCGUACCGACUAAUUCAAUUUCUUAAACAUUAUUUUGUGUAAAAAAUAGCCGAAGAUGAUAACAAAAGUUUCAACUGUAAUUAUUUUAAUCCAGCUUUUUAUUGGAUCGUACAGUUUCGAUUACAAUUUUCCAAAUGAAUGGGCUAAUGAUGGUAACAUUUGUAAUGGAAGAGGCCAGUCUCCUAUUGAUAUUAAUAUCACAAAUAUUGUUAGAAAUAGAGUUGAUAAUAAAAUAAAAUUAAGCAACUACUGGGAGGUUCCAUCAGAAAUGACACUAACAAACAAUGGUCACAGUGUGCAAGUUUCGGCAAAAUGGCCUAAUGGUUUAAUUCCAUCUAUAUCUGGUGGAUUACGAAAGAAUCAAUAUGUUUUCGAUAGUUUACAUUUUCACUGGAGUCAAGCUGAUAAUAGCGGCACUGAGCAUUCAAUUAAUGGAAAACGAUUCGCCUUAGAAAUGCAUUUAGUGCACUACAGCAAAAAUUAUGGAUCAGUUUCAAAUGCUCAAAAAUACUCCGAUGGAAUAACUGUAAUAGGAUUGAUUUUCCAGAUUGAUGAUGUUGCUGAAUGGACACUUUCAACAAUAGUAAAUCAAUUGAAACAUGUUACAAAAAAGGGACAAACUGUUAAAAUAAACCCAUUUCCUCUAACAAUGUUUAAUUUAGACAGAGAAGAUUUAUUCAUUACUUAUGAGGGAUCUUUAACAACUCCACCAUGUUCUCAAGCCGUAACAUGGCUACUACCUAUGAACUUUAGAUACCUUACCAAUAAUCAGAUUAAGGCAUUUAGGAAUAUAGAGUUGGAUUUUGGAAACAAAGCAAAUGUUAGGCCACUUCAACCACUGAAUCAACGAUUACAAUAUUUUGUUGAAUUGGACAACAACUAAAAUUGUCAUACAAACA